UGGACGUUUGAGGAGGACAAAUUCUUUGAAACGAGUUUGGCGCAGUACGAUGGGUCUUGGCCCAUCACGGGCGAUGAUUACUGGGGCCAACUUCAAGAACAGAUGCCGCAAAAGGGCGUCCACGACUUGAAGAAUCGAUUCAGCAAGUUGGAAGAAGACGUGCGAAAUAUCGAAGCUGGUCUCGUACAGCUUCCAGACUAUGACGAUGACAGUGAUCACCACUCCAAAGCUGCCCCUAAGACUGGCGAACAAGAGCGUCGCAAAGGCGUUCCAUGGACUGAAGAAGAGCACAAAUUGUUCCUUCUCGGUUUGAACAAGUUCGGCAAGGGAGAUUGGCGAAGUAUCAGCAGAAACUUUGUCAUCUCACGAACGCCCACUCAAGUGGCAUCCCACGCUCAGAAAUACUUCAUCAGGCUUAACAGCAUGAGCAAGAAGGAUAAUAAGCGAAGGUCGAGUAUUCACGACAUCACUUCU